AGGCAUGGUCGAAAAGUCAUGUCAUUGAUUCUCGCUUAUGUGUUACAUGUUGUCGCGGAUUUCUAACGUCGUUUUUUGUCGGCUAAUCACAGUAUUUUUCCGUCACAUGUUAAUUUUUGUAAUAUUUAUGCGUUUUACAUGGCGUUUAUUGCAGUCUAUUGGUUGCCUGACGUAUUUGGAGCUGACAACCUGGAUGAAUGUUUAGUCAGCCUAACUUGGUAAUUUGUAACAACGCAAACUCAGGCAAGCGAAAUUCAUCGUUUAUCAAGUCAAAAAUACACCAAAAUUACAGUUUCAAGCAAAAACAAGCUGUAGAAUAAUUUACAUAUGACUUACCUCCCUUAUUAUGGUAGUGACCCAAACAACCAAUAAAGUGGAAAUAAAAGCGAAAAAAGGGGGAAUAAAGCGGACGAAAGCGUAAAUAAAGGGGAAAUGUCGCUUUUUCGCCUGCACGUGAGGGACAGAUUUAUGGCUAUGUUGACGCGUUUAAUGAAUGAUGAUCCUAAAACCUCCAUGCGAUAUCUUCUGUCCUACAUCAUGGAACCUGAAGUCGCCAUUAAUUUCACGUUACUUGGUACUUCAUCAAAACGAGCGAUUCAGAAGUGCCGGUUUUAUGGCUGCGUACGAAGUGCACUUACUAAUCGAUCCCUGUCGUCAUCUGUCACUGAGAAAGACCUUGUGAAACUAUAUGACAUGGCUACACAAAGUUAUUUUCACGACAUAAGAGACAAAGUACAGAAGAGUCAUCGACGGAAGAAAGAACACGUAGAGUCUUCCGUGUUUAAGAAUAUAACCGUAAGUUCAGCUUCAAGUACCUUGUUGUGCAAAACAAGUUUCCUAGAUAUAGUAACGUUCUUCUUCAUUACAUUUUAGAAUUCACAAGAAUUAUUUGAGUCUCCAUAGUUCAAAAGGCCUGAUGGAAAGAAACAACACGUGAAAUAUCUGGUCCGUGACAAUUGCAAUUACAUCAGGAACAUUGAUGCUCUACCAUCUGCCAAGUGCUCAUGACGUUGUACAAUAAUAAGCUUUUUGUUUUCAAUAAAAAUUUGGAACUUAUACCAUAUAUUACGUACAUUACAUUAUUCGUGUGCUGUGUUGUGGGAAUGAAGGUGAACACAGGAGGCGGUUGGGGUAAAUACAGAAGCGUUUUAAAAGUGGGCGCUUAAUUACAUCGGUGUGCAUGUAGUAGAAAAGUAGACAAUUCGUCGGAUAUUUAGGGUGCGAAUCGGAAAUUCGUCGAAAAUUUAAGGUAAAAGUCGGCAAUUUAGCGACAUUUGAAAAACAGAGCGACAGAAAGGGGAAAUUUCGCUUUAUUUCCCCUUUAUUGGUUGUAUGGGGAUGAACGUGGGUGUUAGUAGUUGUUUAUAAAUUGUAAUUGAGAGUCAAACUAUUCAUGAAUCUUGUAAUGGUAAUAAUAAUCAUUCCAUGCGACGUUCCUAAUGGAAGUUUGUUUUUCUAUAGCAGGGCAACAAAGAGUAAACGCACUGGAAAUAGAGGAAGAAGCCCUACGCGAUCUGAACGAGCAGAACAAUGAAUAAAACUAUUCUGUAGAAAGUUUCCCCUUUUGCACUCAACCGUGUCUUUCAAUUUUAAAAAUAUAUGUUGUACCAGUACAUUGUGUUCUUACUUUGACGGCACUUACCGGUCCUCACUGUAGUGUUGUUGUUUCAGAUCGCUCCUGCUUCAAAGUGGACGUCAAUAUAUAACGUGCUACAUUACGAUAUGAACUAUUAAUAUACAGCCGUAAACAGUUUAAUCCAUGAUAAGUAUCAUCGUUGUUAACUGGACUGAUAUGUUAUUACGUAAUAAUUGCAUUGAGCAAGCUAUCCAUACAUUUUGUUAUACAACUUAUGACUUCUGUCAACUAAUUGAAAGGCUCAAAUCUUUGUAAUAAUCAAGUCUAUGCAGGUGAACAACUUGGCGAAUUUCUUAAUAUGGAAGUUUAUGCGGAGAAACAAUUCACACAUUGACGAUAACUGUGUUUUGUAUUGACCACUACCGCGUUUAUUCAUCUAAUACGUUAUCUAAAUACAAUAUAAAU